AUGAGGCCCAUGGCUUCACGACUUUCCCGGCUUACACUCGGAGCGCGCCGACUAUAUUGCAUGCCGGGUUCUCAACCGCUCCGACGCUUCUCCUCCGCCGACCAAGCGCCAAACUCCACAGAUACAUCCACUGAAUCCUCCGCUGUCCCUUCGUUGGGCCUUACCAACACCUCAGAUACAAAAGGGCAUGCCAAUCCCAACAUUCCACUAUCUAAAUCCUCCAACCACCACGACCUCGCUUCAUUCCUCCAGUAUGCCAAGCGCACCGGUCUGGGUCAGGAAACCACCAUUUUCGUCGGAACACACUACGAAUACACCGUAUCUUCCCUCUUAGCAGCAUAUGGCUUCUCUCUCAACCGGGUAGGCGGACAACACGAUUUCGGCAUCGAUCUCCUGGGCACCUGGUCCGUACCAACAGCCGAACGUCCACUUCGAGUCAUCGUGCAGUGCAAAGCCAUCCAAGUCACCCGUCCUCAUCUGAUCCGGGAGUUGGAGGGCGCUUUCGUGGGAGCGCCAGUUGGAUGGAGAGGGUCCGAAGUAUUUGGCGUUUUGGUGGCUUCGAAGAUAGCCACAAAGGGACCCGAGACGCGCUGGUGA